CUCCGUCUCCGCCGCGGCGGGCGGAUGAGGGAGGGAGGGUCCGGGCCGGGCCCUCCCCCGCCACAUCGCCCUCCCGCCGGCGCUGCUGACGUGUCUGCUCCCUCCCUGCCGCCGGCCACCGCCAACAUGGCCGCAGCGCCGCCGCCGGACCCCCGGCUGCUCCUCGCCCUGCUGCUGCUGCCGCCCCUGCUGCCCCUGCCCGCGCCGCCGCCGUCGCUCUGCGCCGCCGCCGGGCCCGAGCUGGGCCGCCGCUUCGCCGAGCGCAAGCGCUGCGCCGACCCCGAGUGCAGCAUGUUAAUGUGCCGAGGGAAGGCAAUGAAGGAUUUUAAAGGUCCCGACUGCCGCUUUGUAAAUUUUAAGAAAGGAGAAGCAGUGUAUGUAUAUUACAAACUAAUAGGAAAAUCAACUGAGCUUUGGGCUGGAAGUGUUGGAAGUGAUUUUGGAUAUUUUCCAAAGGAUUUACUUGAAGUAAAUCAUAAUUAUACCAAUGAGGAGCUAGAGUUACCAACAGAUGAGACAGACUUUGUUUGCUUUGAUGGUGGAAGGGACGAUUUUGAUAAUUAUAAUGUGGAUGAACUUUUGAAGUCAUCGAAAGAGACAAUAGCAAAUGAGAGGGAAACUGAAUCAAGUGAUCCAAGGACAAAACCAGCUGAAGGAACGGAAAGGGAGGAGGAGGUUGAAAAGGUUCAUACAGUACAGUCCCUUGAUGCUUUGGAGGCAGACAAUGUUGAACUAAGCACAGAGAAGGACGAGGAAGCCCUCACCAUGACAGAGGAAUUAGAUAGUUUUCUUAUAGAAGGAACUGAAGGUACUAGGGUAGACUCCAGUGUCAGUAGUCAUGAAGAAAACUCUCAGGGAGAUCAAACUGCACAUGAGCACUUGCAAGGAACGCUAAAUGAGAGACUAAAAGGGCUAGAAAGUGAAAAUACCAAAAACACUAGUAUUGCUCAGGGUGAAACCAGUCAACUUGACAAAGAGAGUGAAGAAGUCGAUACCUAUACACUUUUAGACAGAGAGCUCUCUGUAAACUUGAAAACAAAAUUUGGCUCAACUGCUGAUGCUGUUGUAUCAGAUGAUGAAGUGACUCGCCUUGUUACAUCAUCGGAAGAUGAUUUUAAUGAAGAUUUGAGCAUUAAUGCUCACGAUUCAGAGAAGGAGUCAGACUUCGCAGAUCCGUCUGAAGAAGUCCCUUUGCUGUCAUUUAUGGCGGAAGAAGGGAGUAUAUCCCUAGGGGAUUCAGACGCUGAUGAAAACAAUGGCCUUGAGUCAAAAAAUCAUGAACUUGACGAAAAUGAAGGUGCUAUGGAGCUAAAUAACCAAAGAGAUGAUGAGGAAGAGCGUGAUUCAGAUGCACUAAUUAAGGAUGCCUUCACUAAGAGCGAGAAGUCAGGUGACAGUAUAAAUGUGGACAGGUUUGAAUCUGAGCAAACAAAGAAGAAACAGGAUGAGGUGAUGCUAAUUAGCAAGAGAGAAGCACCAGCAGCUCAACUUGAGGAUCUCUCCAGAGAGCUCCUUCGACAUGAACCUAUAGGUGCAAGAGAUCCAGGUUCAGAAGAAAAAGCAAACAAAACUGAAGAGUUUGAAGAGCAGCUUAUGGCUGAUGAAAUGGCAUCACAUACUAACGAGGUGCAAAGUACAACUGUGCCUGAUCCUCAUGCUUUACCUAGUCCACGAGAUGGUCUGAAGACCAAAUCAUUUGUUGAAAGCAAGCAAGAUGCUUUAGGUCUACCUGCUGGUGAUGUGAACAAAAGUCCAGAAAGUGUGCCACUUGCUGAAAUAGAGAAAGAUGAUAAAAAGUUUGAGGAUGACACCUUGGAAGAGAUCUCAGAAAGUGAUUUAAAGCACAAAAAGUUAUGGGAGAAAAUGAAGGAGAAAGGAAGAGAUCAGUAUAAGUCUUCUGCUGAUGUUCCAGCCAAACCAGUGGAACAGGUACAAAAUGGAUCUCAAAGUGACACAGGAGAUACUAAGCUUUUAAAAGACAAACCGGAGCAUGGAAUGCCUGCUGUGGAGAAAGAAAUUCUAAGACAUGAAGAAGAUUCAAAACAAAGAGGGGAGGCUGAUCAUGAAAAUCGAAAACUCACCUCUUUUAAAGAAGAACCUGAAAUAAAAGGGGGAAACGUGAAAGAAACCCCUGCAGGUGAGGGGGACCCAAGCCAUAGGGGAGCUGCUGAGCAACCUAUGCAAUGGGAAAAUGAAACUGAGUAUUCAGAGGCAGAUGUGAAAGAAGAGCUUUCAGGAAAUCUUGGCAAGAUGACAGAAUUUGAAAAAAGCAUUGAGAAAAGUUCCCCUGAAGAAAAAUCAAGAAGUACUACACAGAAUACUAAUAGAGCAAAUUUUACCCAGCAAGGAACUGCUCAUACUGAGGAUGAAGAUUCAAACAAAAAUCUUGGCACGAAUUUAGCUAGAGAAAGAAACCUAAGGCCAGAAUUGCAACCCAAAGAGACAGAUGCUGAAGAUGAAGCUGACUUGAAACAAAUGGAAGAAGAACUACUGGAAGAUGAGAAUGCUGCAAGUGCAAAGCUGUUGCAUGCAAGGGUUGCAAAUGUACAGGGUAAUACACUAGAUGUUGAAAGAAGAAACCCUGAAUUAAAAGUACCAAAUGAAGCUUUUUCAGGAACUGCAGAUCCUACUUAUGAAACAGGAGAGGAAACAAACUCGUUUUCUGAGGAGGCUGAAAAAAUAACAAACAUGCAAGAUGAACACGAGACUGGAAACAAAGAGUUUGAUGUACCAGCGGGCGAAGAUGCUAAACUGGAUGAGAUGGAACAUAUCGCAGAAGACGAUGAGGAGUCUUCUGAAGCUGAGGACCCAUUAGCCAUGGAAGAAUAUAAUUUCAAGUCUUCAGACAUGGAGGACAGCAAUGACUUUCACCAAAGGAAAGAUCAUCUCCCAGAGGACGUUUCACAGAGAGACUCAAAAGAGAUGCAAAAUAUAGAGGAUACAGGAAAUGACCACCAGCAGUCUGCACAUUUCCCCAGCCCUGCUGACAUUUCAGCAGCCACAAACGACACUGUAACAGAAUACAGUGAGUCUGUGAAGCGGCUCACAAUAAUUAGAGAUUUCCUUGAUGAAAAGCGUGUAAUACGUCUACAAAAGUAUCUUGGGCUCCAACAUGUGGUUAGGAUAGAAGCUAUGUUUUAUGACAUGAAGGUGGAGAUGGAACUUGCUCGGAAGGCAAGCAAUAAUAAUGAAGAUAUAGAAAAAGCGCUGGACCAGAUACUUGAGUUUUCAGAAUCAAACAUUAUGGAUGUUGUAGGAAAAGUUCUGGAUUCCAGGGUAGCAGAAAAUAAAGAGGAGGUGGUGAAAGAGAUGGAUUUGUAUGAUGAAGAGAGUGCACUUAUGGAUGAUAUUCAAGAAUUAAUGUAUUCUUUAAGAAGUAAAUAUUCGUCUGCUAGUGAGAGUGUCCCACUGGCAUCUUUUAUCGAACAGGAAGAUGAUCAGCUGAAUGCUCAAGAUACUGCAAAAGAGGCUGAAUAUGACACAGACGCUGUUAGGAAUCCAGAUGCCAUUGAUGAGAGCUAUCAGAAAUUUCAGCAGAUUGAAGAUAAGAGGCCAGUUCAGCCUAUUGAAGAGGAGGAGGAGAGGAGUGUUAAUGUUCCACCUGAGCUUGAAGAAGCUAGCUUUUCGGAUAAUAGAGAAGCCAAAGAAGCGUACAAUAGUGAAAGAAGAUUGCCACUGGCUGAUACUUCCUUUGGGUCAACUGAUUCAGAAGAGAGUGCCAGGGAAGAUAUUGCUGCAGCCCCCCACGGCGACGGCGGCGGCGCCUCAGGGGCAGCGCUGGGCGGGGCGGCGGCCGCUGCCCGCCGCCUGCUGCUGCAGUUGGUUGCUACCCUGCCUGAGGAUAUUCGUCCUGGGCCUGAUUUCCAUGGACUUCCAUGGGAGCCUAUUAUUAUCACUGCCUUAGUGGGAAUUGCCACGCUCGCUAUAAUUUUCUGGAGAACCUGCCUUUCAGUAAAGAGUAGAAUCUAUCAAGUGACUGAAAAACAACUCGCAGAAAAGAUUAAAAACCUUCUACAAGAAAAAACAGAAAUCCUAGACAAGAUGUCAGAAUAUGAUCAAAAGAUAAAGCAAGCAAAGGAAUCAGUGAAAGCAGCCCAAGAACAAAAAAAUAUUCUCUCCGAUGAAACUGCAGGGCUUAAGGACACUGUCAAAGGGCUGGAAGAAGCAAAUCGUAAACUGGAUGACAAAAUAAAAAGUCUGCACUCAAUGCUUGAAACAGAGAGAAAACAGAAUGAGAAGAAACAGAAAAAAAUCUCUGAAAGCCAGAAGUCCUUGGAAAAACUUGAAGAGGCUGUCAGUGUGCAUUCUGCUGAGCUUUCAGAGGUGCAGAUAGCCCUUAACGAAGCUAAAUUAAAUGAAGAAAAGGUGAAGUCAGAGCUCCAGCAUGUGCAGGAGGAGAAUGCUAGGCUGAAAAAGAGCAAGGAACAACUGCUAAAAGAAGCUGAAGGUUGGAGUGAGAGACAUACUGAGCUCAGUGAGCAGAUUAAACUGUAUCAAAAGUCUCAGAAGGACAUAGAAGAAGCACUUGCCUAUAAGGAAAAUGAAAUUGAGGUUUUAACUAACUGCAUUAUGCAGCUGAAGCAGCUUGACAUAGAUCCAGCAUCUGAGGCCAAGAAGGAUGGUGAAGGGCAUGAAUGGAGCAGAGGGGACGAUCUGGCCAACGGAGAGUUGCCAGAUAAUGAGAAUGAAAAGAUGAAGACUCAGAUUAAGCAGAUGAUGGACGUCUCCAGGGUAAAAACUAUGUUAUCCAUAGUUGAAGAAGACAGAAAUCUUCUGCAGUCCAAACUGAGUGAUGAAGUAACAGCAAGACAUGAGCUGGAAGAGCAAAUAAAAAAAUUAGAACACGACUCCUGUUCGCUGCAGUCAGCCAAAGCUCGACUGGAAAAUGAAUGUAAAACACUACAGCAGAAAGUAGAGAUUCUCGGUGAACUUUACCAGCAGAAAGAAAUGGCGCUCCAGAAAAAACUAACUCAAGAAGAAUAUGAGCGCCAGGAGAAGGAGCAGAAAUUGUCUGCUGCAGACGAAAAAGCCGUGCUGGCCAUUGAGGAAGUGAAAGUUUACAAGCAAAGGAUUCAAGAUAUGGAAGAAGAAUUGCAAAAAACAGAGAGAUCAUACAAAAACCAGAUUGCCGCUCAUGAGAAAAAAGCACACGACAAUUGGCUUAUUGCCCGCUCUGCUGAGAGAGCUCUGGCUGAAGAAAAAAGAGAAGCAGCCAACCUAAGGCAAAAAUUAAUAGAAGUAAACCAAAAAAUUGUUAUGCUUCAAAGACCAUUAAUUGUGAAGCCAACUCCAGGCAGACCCGAUCGCCAAGUCCCACCACGACGAGGGCCCUUAAGUAGAGAUGGUUCUUUUGGCCCAUCACCUGUGAGUGGAGGAAAUCCGUCACCCACACAAAUGAUAGAAGUUCCUGGUCGGCCCCUUUCUGCUCCUCGAAGGGAAGGCUCAAGAGGUGAAUUUGGUACAGUGGUAGAUGGCCCCUCUGUUCCACGAAGGCCACCAGAGAUCCCUGGAAGGAUGUCUGUUCCUGAUCUUGGGCCUGCUGUAGCAUCCCUGAUCAGUAGUGGGCCAAGAACCUCCUCCCCUUCCACACCAAUGGAUAGAGCGCAGUCCUCUCCCAAAGAGUCUGAAGCCCCCUGUGUAACUACUGAUUCACCUUCAUCUGUUGAACCACCUACAGCUAACGUUAGUCCCAAAGGCCCACCUUCUUUCCCUGGGACACCCAUCAUGACCUCUCCAGUGAUGGGACCUCCACCCCCACCGCCUGUUCGUUAUGGACCGCCGCCAGCUCCUCUGCGUGGACACUUUGGGCCCCGGCCUCUUCCUGUGCCCCUAGUUCGUGGUGCUCCCUUACCACCUCCAGCUGCAAGAGAUUUCUUACCUGGCCCCCCAUUAGGAAUGAGAGAUCUGCCUCCUGGCCCGCUACCACCCCCUCCAGAUCCCAGAGCAUAUGGACGUGGGCACCCUUCUUUCCGACCUCUAGGUCCUCCUGGCCCGAGAGAUUAUCCUCAAGGCCCACGGCUACCCCCGCCUGGCUCAAGGGACUAUACACCUUCUCCUAGCAGAGACUUGCCUCCGUCAGGACCUAGAGACUUCCCUGCAGGCCCUCCUCCACCACCAGCAGGCUCAAAGGACUACACACAGCCUCCAGCGCAGAAGCCCUAACUGCAGUGUCUGGUCAGCAGCUCAAUGGAAUGGACUCUAGCACACUUCCUGCGGUCAGGAUUUUAGGAAAUGGUUUUCUGUUUGAAGCCGUUUGUCUCAUUUCAGUAUAUUUCAGCUUUUGCAGGAUUAAUUUUUAUCCAGUUGCUGCAGACAUCUUAUGUGCAUUUAUGAUCACCUUAAACUCAUCCAUCCUCUUGGGCUGCAAGAACCUUUUUGUGAUGGACUUGAACCUACUCUAAACGUGCAAUAGAAAGGAAGUACCUGUGUGGCUAGUUCUAAUUAAAUGUAGCCUCUGUAACCAGUUGGUGAAUGAAUUAAUUUCAUGAAAAAUGUAAAUCAAAUCAUUUCCUGUGGAAAUAAUUUUUAAGUAAAAUGCUAUCUUACCUGCCUUCUCCAUCACAUCAUUCAGCUGCAGCUAUUCUAGUCCAGGAGUUUACAUGAGGACUGUGAGGUGUGGUUUUAGUUUUGUUUUUUUUUUUUUUGAAUAGAUGUCUGGUCAGAGAUCAGAAGCACAAAUGACACUGUAUUCAAAGGAAGGUUAUAAUAAAAAGCAAAAUUCCUUUUGCUAAACCGUGAAGGCUUUGUUUCAGUGCCAUUUUUUGUUCAGAAUGGAUGUUAUAACCAGAGAAUGCUAUGUUACUGAACCAGCCAUGACCAAGUUGAAGAACUGAGUCCAAGCUGAGUAACUGCAGAUGUUGCAAGAUUAAUGAUUGACUGAACGUUAUGCUGGACUAGUCUAGCAAAUUACUGCUUUGCUUCAUGCAUGAAGAUGGGGGGGGGAUAGAGACCUCCUCACCUGAAGGGCAGGCCAGAGCUGGAAACUUUGAACACCCUGAGCUCUUGAAUUCCAUGGUCAUGUGGUUAGUACAGAAAUACAGGUUAGGGCUCCAGCACUCUAGAAGUUAAGAAAUUGAAUAACCACUUUCUGCAUUCAAGAUUGCUAAAUGCUCCCAAGCCAAGGUUUGAGAGGUGAGUUUGCAUCUUAGUGGCAAGGAAGCUAAACUGUUCUUCAAUACUAAGUCUGCACUUCAUAAGAUUAUUCAUUUAUAUUGAAAAACCAAAAAACCUUAGGUUUGUACGUAAGUACUUAGGGAGGCUAAAAAAAAUAAAGGGAAGAGAAAACUAGGAAUAAUAAAAAUCUAGUGAAGGCCAUUACAGCUUUACUGCCAGAGUACAAGCAGCCAUUAAACUUGCCACGUAGGUGUUACAGUCUUACAGUACAAGUAUUAAACUUCAGAGUUAGAUGAAGGACAAGAUAGAACAUUACUAAAGCAUAAAAUAAUACAAGUGCUUGUGGAGGGGGAAGUAGUAGUCCUCUCAAUGAAAGACAGUUGACAGAAAAAAAUGUAAAGGAUAGAAGCAUAAAAAUGGUAUUUCACACUCGACAGACAUUAAUUCACAAUUAGUUAAAUACAAAGCUCUACUUGUGUAUUUAACAAAAAUACUUCAAAGUUGACAUUUCAUAUAACUGGCGAUAAUACAGACAUCUACAAGCUGGGGAAGAGUCAAGCAGCUGGAACAACAGGUUUGUAAUUUAAGUGAAAAUGUUCAAUUUGAACGGUGGCUAAUUACAUAUACAUGGAUGAAUAUUUGUAUUUGAAAGUCAGGUCCUCCAAGUUCAGAAUCUUCCCUUCCCCAACACCAAGCUUUGUGAUGCUGAACGUCUCUUCCCUUCCCCACCCUAGCUGGGAUUAACUUAAAGCUGGAAGGAACCAUCUUCUGGGAGCAACAGGAGGGCAGUGAGCGCGCUGUUAGUCACAGGCAGAACACGUAACUUGCUUCAGUGCUUUCACCAGGCAUUGACUGAUUCCCAAAAGCAAUGGUAGGAUGGUAGAGCAGGGGCAGAGCCACACAACUGUCACUUGCUGAGCAAGACAGCUUGUACAAGCUGCACAGAAGCUUGGUGCUACAGAUUCCUAGGUCAGAAAGAGACCUGAGCUAGCCAAGGGCUGUUGGCAACACAGCUAUUGCUCUAGCUUAGAUUUAUUUGCAGCUGUAGAAGUUAAACUAACGCUUUGCUCUAUCCUUUCGCAGAGUUUGAAGGAUGAACGAUUUUUUAUUUUUUUUUUUAAGAAUUUAGGGAUCCUCUUCUUGUAUGGUAUUCAAAAUGCUUCCUUCAGAGGUAUUUUUGUAACUCAUAGGGAUAUCUUUUCAGGACUUGAUAGUCUGAUACUGUCAACAUGUCAUACCACUGGAGUAGGCACUGCAAAGACCUGUAAACAGGAACAUUCAAUUGCUUGUUUUUAAAAAAAAAAACUCCAAUUAUUGGUAGAAUUUGGAAGAACCAUUGCUGGCUUUUGUCAUAUUAACGUAUUAGUUACUCAGCAAGGAAGAUUUAUCCCUAGUUAUGCCAUACAGAGGGAAGGUGCGAAGGCUAGGACAAAACAACAAACAAAAAAAAGAUUCAAAGGUGAGGACAAAACAAAAACAAAGCUGUUCAAAACAGCUUUUUGUCCUCAUCAGUAUGGUAAAGCAAAGUGUUGAAUGCCUGUCUACAGGCAGACAACUCUCAUGACAAAAAUAACAUCCUUUCCAUUUAAAGCACACUGCGACAUCUGGGGGGGCUACAUGACAGGAAAAAAAAAAGAGACUAGUGAUAGAUCUGCAUCCAGACUGUUUAAAAUAAACUUAAUAUUUGACACUAGUUUGGGUGCUGGGUCUUUUGUUAGCAUAGCAGAGUAUUUAGGCACUAGUUAGAUAUGCAAGAAAUACAUCAAACCUUACAGUAUUGUAUUAAAUAUAUGAAAGAUUUGACUGGGUUCUACUUCUGUCCCUUUAUUAGGUCAAAAAGUGAAUGCAAGUGUGUUAUAAUAAGCCCAUGUCCUGCAGCUUAUUAUACACUGAAUCAAAAAUACAGAAAAUGAUAAUCCUAUCUACUUACAUAAAAAGGUCAUUUUUGGAGUAAGUUUCCAGACUCGCACAAAAUAUGCAGAAAACUGCAUACAAUCAGUUUCCAGAAGAACAGCAGUUUCUUGUAAAAGGUGGGCCAACCUGCUAGCCAGAUCUACUGUAUCAAAAGCUCUGGAAAAUUGAUCCUGUUGAACACUGAGGGGCCUGUCCUAUCACUGAAAUGGUGAAAUACCCACCACCGUGAGGAUGAAGCCCUGAAGGAAGCCUCUCUCCUUUCCCACCCAUCUUUGCAAAUCAUUCUGUGAGGAGAUACACAAAAAUUAGUUCUGUUAGGGAGUAAUUGUGAUUUAAAGGACUGACCUAUAUAUAUUGUAUC